AUGAACCGCAAGAAGUUGCAGAAGUUGACGGACACCUUAACGAAAAACUGCAAGCACUUUAAUAAAUUUGAAGUGAAUUGUCUUAUAAGACUUUACUAUAACUUGGUGGGGGAUAUAACAGAGCGACAAGGCACGGUCAACGGACUGGAUCGUAAUGCAUUUCGAAACAUCUUGCAUGUGACAUUUGGAAUGACAGAUGACAUGAUUAUGGACAGAGUAUUCCGAGGUUUUGAUAAAGACAAUGAUGGUAAUGUAAGUGUAUCAGAGUGGGUAUACGGAUUAUCACUGUUUCUUCGAGGAACUUUGGAAGAAAAAAUGAAAUAUUGCUUUGAAGUGUUUGAUUUGAAUGGCGAUGGAUUCAUUUCAAAGGAGGAAAUGUUCCACAUGCUGAAGAACAGCCUUCUUAAACAGCCAUCUGAAGAAGACCCUGAUGAAGGAAUCAAAGAUUUGGUUGAAAUAACACUUAAGAAAAUGGAUAAUGAUCAUGAUGGGAAACUGUCCUUUUCAGACUAUGAACAAGCUGUGAGAGAAGAAACUCUUCUACUGGAAGCUUUCGGACCAUGUCUACCUGAUCCAAAGAGCCAAAUGGAAUUUGAAGCCCAUGUAUUUAAAGAUCCAAAUGAAUUCAUUGAUUAUAUGAAUAACUAA